CUUCGAAAUUAAUUCAGUAAUAACUGUUUUAAGUAAAUAUUUAUCAUGAAAUUAUAAAUUGCAGUUAGUUUUUAUCAAAUGAUUAAGUAUAUAUAACAAUACAGUUUAAUUCAUUGGCGCUUAAUUGGAGAUUUAUUGUGAUAAGACAUUUAAAUGGUGUUGUCUAUAUGCAUGUUUUGACGUUAUGAGCAAAAAGAUUUUUGACAAGGCUGUAUAUAUUUCAUCUCUAUGGCUAAAGGAAAAUUAAGAGGAUCAGAUUCAAACAAUAAGCUGACAGCUUCAAAUGCAACCUUUAAAAAUGGGGAGACAUAUACAUCAGAGUUUGAAAUUAAUGAAAUACCACCUAGUGCCCGCACAUUGCUUACAAAGGGUUACAUACAGGAUGAAAUUAAUUCCUAUUCAGGUGCUACUGUUUCAACACGUGGACGUUUUAUGACAGAACAAGAAAAAUUACGUUGUCCUAGUGAACGUCCUUUGUAUCUUUAUAUACAGGGACAUACAAAACAUAAUGUGGACUUGGCUAUACAAAAAAUUAAUGAAAUUAUUAAAACUGAACACCAGAGCUCUUUAAAUAGGCCAAGUAGAUUUACUAAUGCACCACCACCUCUUAUGAGUUUACAUUCCGGAGUUACAUCCGUAGAAAAAAUUUGUGUUGGAAUAGAAAAUGCCCCAGAGGGGUUUGACUUACGAGGUAGAAUUAUAGGUGCAGGGGGUGCAAAUUUAUUAUAUAUUAGGGGUGAAACAGGUGCAAAUGUAACUUUGAGAGGUAGAGGAUCACAGUUUAUUGAUCCUGUUUUAGGCACUGAAUCUCCAGAACCUCUGCAUUUGUAUAUAGAGCAUCCAAAGCCAGAAGCAUUACAAAAUGCAAAGCAAUUAGCAGUUAAUUUAAUUCAAACAAUGCAAUCUGAAUUACAGUCAUACAUACAGCAACAACCACCUCCGGUACAAUCUCAGCAAGUUAUCGAGCAAUCGCAAAUACAACAAACACAGUUCCAAACUAUGAAUAUAGGUACCUUGGGACAACCUAAUGUUGUUACUAUACAACAUCAAGAUAUUAUACAACAUCCGCAAAGUAGUGUAGUAACAUUACCAGCAACAAUUCUCACUGCUACAGUAGCUGGUGCACCAGGAUCUGGUAUAACAGUUCCUCCACCUGGAGUACACAUUCCUCCUCAUUCUGGACCAUUAGUACCACCACCACAAACUCAAGAGAUACAGACAUUUAUGCCACCUCCACCAGUUGGACAAGUACAAUUAAUCGGUCCUCCAUCAACAGUAAGUCAAGUUCAAUACCAAAUUCAUCCCGGACAACCACUACAGAUUCAAGGAAUUCAACCGGGAUCACAAGCAUCACCUCAGCCUGUGACUCAAAUGUACGUGAUGAGUCAGCCACCGCCUCAAAAUCCGGCUCAACAAAAUUUCAUUACAAGUAGCAGUGCGCCAGUCAGUGGUGCAGUUUCUUACGUUUAUACUCAACCGAAUGUACAAAGGCCUUCUACACCAUCGCAAGGAAUAAUCGAAGCUGUAAACGUGAAUUUACAACAACCACCCCCACAGGCUCCAAUUAAUCUAACACAACAACCGCCUCCGCCACUAUUGCAUCUGCAUUUUCCGCCACCAAAUUUUCCUCCAAAUCAACCACCACCCCCAGUACCACAAACUUAUCAAAUACAGUAUCAACAAGUGCAAGCACCUGUAUCACAGUCGCAAACACAGUUUGUAUUGCAACCAGGAGAGCAUAUUGUUCCACCACAGUUACAACAAAAUCAUGAACAAUCUCAGGCUGUGGCACAACAUAUGUUACCUCCACAAUUCGAGGGUCAUGCGCCUCAAUUUCAUUUACAAGUACCACCUCCGACUACCCAAACUUUCUUAGUCCCUAAUGCUCAAUCACCCCAACAUCCUCAACAACAUCCUCUUCCUCCUGGAGGUGAAAUUCAACAUCAGCAGGAAGGACCAGUGGAUCAAGGACCACAUCCCCAACCAGUACCACCUCCGCAAAUUGUACCACCACCACCAUCAGCUGCUCAAAUGCCAAAUUCAAUGAAUAUUCUUACUAGUAUUCCGCCACCAACGCAAGCACCUCCUCCGCAAAAUGCUCCAUGGUUGUAUCAAGCGCAACAACCGCAGCAAAUGUUACAGUCGCAGGGUCAAUUGCAGGUUCAAAUGCCACCUGCAAAUAUACCUUUACACAAUGUACCUCCACCUCAAGUGCAAGCACAGAUACAGUACCAUGCUCAGCAUAUGCAGUAUCAGAAUGGGCAUGUCCCGCCACAAUUGCAUUAUACAGUUCAACCACCACCUCAACAGUUUGAGCAAAAACCUGAUUCACCGGAACAGAAAUCUCACGGGGUAAAGAGAAGAUUUUCAGAUGUUGAAACUAAUCCGGAAGCAUCGCCGUAUCAAUGUGUUCCCCUACCUGCUCAACGUCACGGAACAGGAGAAGGUGAUCGACAGCAACAAGUCUUACACGGUCCAUCACCAACAGCUACGGGUCUACCGCAUGGAGAUCGAAACAAGCUGCUAAUGCCACCUCCACAUCCAGGUGAAAAACGCAACAUGGAUCAAAAACCUCCAGGCAUGAGUUCAGGAAAUGAGCAGAAUGCAAUGGGAGAUUCGAUGAACAUUCAUCCAGGAGGUGGACCACCUCUACCUCCACCUCUUCCACCACAGGCACCAUGGCAGAGUCACCACGUUAGAGUUCCAUGGGGUAGACCACCACCGAUGCCAAGAGACGGAGACCACCAAGGAAUGUGUCCUACUCUACCUCCAACUAAUAUGCCACCACCUCAAAUUAGACCCAGAGGACACAUUGAAGGUAAUCGUUCGCCGCUACAAAAUGCGAUAUUGGAGCAUCAAAUGAAUGUCGAGUAUAAUCAAAUGCUACCGUAUACAACAAAACCUCCCCCUUAUAAUUCACAUCCAUUGAUGCAAUCCAUUUGCAAUCCACCACCACCACCACCGCCGCAUCAUCAGCAACGAUCGCAGCAUCCUCCUCAAACAGCGCAACAUUAUCAGGUGCCAAUUUCUCAAACAUAUCAGCCACCGACUUCCUGUCCGCCGUGGAUGAAUUAAAUACAUUCAUGUAUGAUAUUAUGAACGGACGUCUUACACUAGUACCUUAAAGAUGGCUAAUGCAAUCCGUCCAAUGUCAUGCCAUGUAUGGUAAAAAUUCAUUUAUCUAAAUAAAAUAUCACUGAUUGUCUGAUUAACUAAAUGUACUGUUGAAUUCUUAUUAUUAACAGUUGCUAUAUAAGAAAAUACAAGUCAUUAAUGGAGAAGAAAAUCAGUGAUCUAUUAUCUAAACACUUUAAUUAUUCAAACUAUCUUGUCUUUCGACAUGUUCAGAUGAAUGAAGUUCUACUGUAUUGUUGGUUUCAAAAGACGUAAAAAAUAUAAAUAGAUGGUAUUGCAUUAUGUUAUCUUCAACGAAUUGUUCCAUGCGAUGGUUAAUAAUUAAUUUAAUUGUUCGUUACGAGAGUGUAUCGCUACAAAAAGACGCUGUUCUGUAAAAAUUGUGUAUAUGUUACAAAUUAUUUAUGGCGAAUGUUUGCAAAGCUUUAGAUAGCGUAGGAUAGUAAUAAAUUUAUAAAUACCACGCCGCAUGCGUGUUUAGUGUGACGAAAAUGCGUCGAGUCAUGAUUUAUAAAAAAAAAAU